GUUUUCUGAGAGUCCACGGGAGCUUUAAGAAGAAAUAAUAUUCACUAGAAAAGCUAAUGGUUAACCUUGAUUGCUCGAAAAGAAUGUAGAAGUCUUUGUUUCUGUCAAACGGCGGAACUUCGUCUGAAACAAUGGAGAUUGCUAAAGCUCUAUUUUUAAUUGCUUUCUUCAGCUACGAUAAAUGCGAGUCUCUCCAAACAAGUUUACUACAAGCAGCCAGGCAGCAUGUUAAUGAGCAGGAUCACCUGGAGGAGAACCUACAAGCCAGUGUCAGCAUGAUGGUGGCUCAGUUCCUUCAGGAUGCAGCUUAUGACAAAGUCCAAGCCAUAGCCCACGAGCUGCUGGAUCUCACUGGAAAGUGUAAGCUUCUCAAACCACACGAGUCCCCCUCAGAGUGUGCUCGUCGACUGAUGGCUACCUUCCUUACACAUGUUUGCGGCAACCAAGGACUGGUGGAUAAUCAGGUGUUCACUGACUGCUGUAAGAGAAAAAAUGCAGCAAGACUCAGGUGCUUCCUGUCGUACAAGAAAGACGAUGCAGACAGCCGUGAUACACCCCUGAUGCCAAGGCCUGAACUGAUCUGUGCGAUGGCAGAGGAGGGUAACGUGUCCCUGAAAUUGAGGUAUAUCUAUGAAAUGUCUCGGAGAUAUCCAUUCUUAUACGGACCCACUCUCUUGACCAUGUCUGCUUGCUAUGAAAUAGCCGUUCAGUCAUGUUGUCAAGAAGAAAAUGCAACGGAGUGCCUGCGGACCAAGUUAGAGCCCAUCAGAAAAUAUAUCAGAGGAAUAUCUGCAAGGCAUCGUCAUUUAUGUGAAAUUGGCACCAAGUUCAGUGAGGAAGUAGCAAGCGCGGUAGAAUUGAUUCUACUCACUAAAAAGCAACCUAAAGCUAAUUUUUCCGAAAUUGCCAAAUUGACCAGGGAUGUUAAAAAUCUGCAUGCGACCUGUUGUGAAGGGAACACAUUAGCCUGUGUCCUGGGCAGGCGCCAGCUCAUGAACUAUACCUGCUCUAACCAGGACAUCUUAUCCAGCAAGUUUGCUGAGUGCUGUGAGCAGCCGGAACCAUUCCGUGGGGAAUGCAUCAUCAACUCGGAAAAUGAUGACGAACCCAACCUCUCACCCCUGCCGCUCACAAGGUUUACCGAAGACCAGUCGGUGUGCGAGAAAUUCAGUGGCGACCAGGACGGCUUUCUACAAGAGUUUCUUUAUGAAUACUCAAGAAGACACCUGGAGUUGGCAGUUCCUGUGAUCUUAAGAGUCUUUGAAACAUAUAAACGUUUACUGGAGAAAUGCUGCAAGUUAGAAAACCCUUUGGAAUGCCACCACUCUGGGAAAGAGAUGCUCCAAAGAGUGGUACUUGAGAGCCGUGACCGCGUUAAGACUUACUGUGACUUACACAAGCAGCUGGGUGCUAGCAACUUCCAAGACAGGCUUACGGUGCUUUAUACUAAGAAAGCCCCACAGCUGUCUGCCCAGGAGCUGGUGAUGCUCACGAAGAAGAUGGCAGCGUCUGCCAACAGAUGCUGCCCACUAAGGGAUGAGCUGCAGUCGGCCUGUCUGGAGGACCAGGCAAAGCUGUUUCUUGGAGACCUGUGCAGAAGGCAUGGUGGGAAACCUGUCAAUGCUGGAGUGGGCAGCUGCUGCGACGACUCCUAUGCCUUCAGAAAGCCGUGCUUCGAUGACCUGCAAGCUGACGGGACUUACAUUUCUCCACCCUUAGCUUGUGACCAAGUCAUCAGCCUUAAAGAGGACUUGUGCCGAGCUCAGGACGAGGAACUCCAAACUGAAAAGCAAAAGCUCCUCAGUAACCUCGUGAAGCAGAAGCCGCGUGUAGCAGAGGAGGCGUUCCAUUCCAUUGGCGAGGGUUUCCUGCUCCUACUGGGCAAGUGCUGCCAUGCACAGAGGAGAGAAGCGUGCUUUCAACAAGAGGGACCUCAGCUGAUCAUGAGGUGCCAGUCCCUCUUAGAGGCUGACUCAUCCCAGAGCGUGUUGUUGUAGGAUCAUCGCUGCGGAAGGUAACAGUUGACAGAGAGCCUUCUCAUUGGCUCAGUGCUGUAGAAGAACACUGGCUGGUCCACACCAUCUUUCCUUUCCCUCAGCAGAUGGCACAUGGACACCCAGAUCAGCCUCUCAGAGCUCUCCCACCUCAAGGCCUCUCAAGUGCAGUGGCAGAAACACGAACUCAAAGAACAUUCAUGGCCUCCAGAUAAUUUAAUGUGCAGCCACACCUCCCUGGGAACUGCUGUUGGGCCCUACAGUAGACUUCAAGGUCAGCAUGGAGCUGUCUGUGCCACUCCUGAGAAUACUGACGACUGGGGGAAAUGCACGAAUAAAGUUACCUUCC